AUGUUCAAAAAGGCAGUAUACUUCGCGCUCUUGGCUGGGACAUAUGCCCAGUCUAACGGUACAAUAGACUUGGCAGAUCCGGAGCCAGGUAACUGGGGAGGCAACAUUGGCAAAGCUGCGACAAAGCAUUACAAUGACUUUGAUUACGAAGUCUUUAUGAAUGACAGCUACAUCCCUCGUCCAUAUCGCUAUGAAUUGGGAUCGGACUACACCGUGAAUGAAAAUGUGAUGAUGGAUAGACAGUCACCGGAUACACUCGCGCCACCAACAGUUGAUUUUGGUAGCAUUGAGAACCCAAGAUGGCAUAUGUCUGACAGCUACAACCGCCUCGCGAUUGGGGGUUACGCACGCCAGCAGACUGUGAAAGACCUCCCUGUUGCAGUCGACAUCGCGGGUGUCGACAUGAAACUCGAACCUGGUGCAUUCAGAGAGAGUCACUGGCAUGAACAAAGCGAGUGGGCGUAUAUGUUCUCAGGUAGAGUAAUCAUUUCUGCUAUCAACCCAGAUGGUCAGACCUUCAUGGGUGAGUUGGGACCAGGUGACGUUUGGUUCUUCCCAAGCAGCUACAUCCAUUCGAUUCAGGCUUUAGAAGAUGGUGCUGAGUUCUUACUCAUCUUCGACAGCGGGGAGUUUGAUGAGAACAGUACGUUUUUGUCAGCUGAAGCCCUCUCACGUAUACCAAAAUCCGUCAUAAACAAAAACUUCGGCCUUGCGAAAGACGCCACGGAUUUCGACAACAUUCCAGCACAGCAGCUGUACAUAUUCAGAGGAGAAAUGCCGAUCCCUUCAUUCGAGGAACAGAAAAAAUCUAUCAAUAAUCCUUUCGGUAUGAUGGAAAACCAGACGCUCCUUUUCCCACUAUCCCAGAUGCCUUGGGAUGAAUACGAUGGUGGAAGAGUCAGGAUUGUAGAUAGCUCUAACUUUAACGCACCUUCGCUCGAUAUCACAGUCGCCCAAAUACAAUUGGACAGUGGUAGUUUGAGAACCCUCCACUGGCAUGAAACAGCUGAGUGGGACUUCAUCAUCAGCGGUACCCUCAGAGCAACCAUCUAUGCUGGUAAUGGUAAUAGUCGUACUUACGACUUCAAUGCAAUGGACGUCGGUUACAUAGAAGCGAAUAACCUUCAUUAUUUAGAGUGUGUCAGUGAAGAACCAUGUGAAUUCUUGGCCGCAUUUAAGACUAGCAAAUAUAAUGACUUUGAAUUUGGCCAAUUUGUCACUGCCACACCAAGAUACACUAUCCAGCAACAUCUCAGAAUCACUGAUGAGACUUUCGACGCUAUCCAAGAAAGUGUUGCAAAUAAGCAAAUCAUAGUGCCAAAUAAUUGUAAAUAA